AUGACGUUUUCCUUCAAGCAUGGUCCUUCAACCCCUACCGAUUCCUCCCUUGUAACCGACAACUUGACCGACCAUGAGAUCGCCAUCCAAAUGAAGCUCGUAUCAAAGCGCAACAAGAACGACAAGCGCCUUGGUAGCGCUGCUCGACGCAUCCGCAGAAGCGCUGGCGACUGGCCCUGGGUCUGGCUCAAGGACAUCCUCCCCAUGACCUGGAGCCUCCCCAUCAUUGAAAACCUCGGCACUCUGAUGCCCCACAGAGACCUUGAUGAGAUCAGGGCUUUCCUCCAUGACGCCGUUAAGCAGCGGAGAGGCACGGUGCUCAAACUCGGCGAUGUCAAGCGUGCCUGCAGCCGUUUCGGUCUCGUUGGCAGAAGCCAGGAUGGCGACAACAAGGGUGCUCCUACCAACGAUAAGCAAUACAGCGACGAGCACAGCAACGGAUUAUUUUCGGACGAGGAAGACGCUACAUCCGGGGAGGGGAAGCCCAUCAAACGUCGCCGCCUCAAUAAACCCGAGUUUGUGGUGGAAGAAGAUGUUGCCUCCAACAUCAACGCUCGUACCAGUCCUCGAAACAGCCGACCCGCCUCUGAUAGGCACUCCUGGAUCACUCGCAUGCCCGUCGAAAGGAAGAUCAUAUCCACUGUGCCUUUCAAAUCCCCGUUCAUCAAGAAGAUACUCCAAAUCAUCCGCGUAGCCGCUGAUGCCGCCGACGAGAAGGUUGUCGACAACCGCCUCUCCAUCUCUGCUACCCGCGACACUAUCGCCGUAUGUAAAAGAUGUCUGAGAGACCUGGAUGCGGCUGCCCCGACUGAAACCACCAGCCCUCUCACCACGAGUCUCGAAGAUGCAAAUGUAGCACGAAAGGCUGUUGAGGACGGCAAGGCGGCGUUCGAAAGUAACCUUGUCGCCAUGAACAUGGACGACGAGGUUGCCGAAGUUGUCCGCAGAAACUACACCGACAAGCUGGCUGCAGCCGAGGGCAAGAUCGACGAUAUCGAGAAGCGCAUAGAGGCUGAGACGCUGGCCAGUACAAAUGCCGUAUCCUACCGUGCUGAGCUGGAGCAUAAGAUUGAAGAAGCUGAACUUGAGCUUCAGAUUCUGCAAAGUCUAGGCGAACAGUAUGGAAACGAGGUGAUGUUCUGGGUCUCGAUACGCAAGAUGGUGUCGCUGAGUCCCAAGGGUAUGAAGGGUCUUCUUGAUAUCAUUAUGAGCCAGGGUGUAUCGCUGGACGAGAUAAUCCAACAUCAAGGAUAG